AUGUGGUCUGAGUUCUUUGUAUACUGUACGUCUCUCGUUGAGUGUCUGAGUAUACCAUUGUUGACGUUAUUCACCACGUGGAAUUAUAAUAUUGAAAAAGACCUAGUCCAUAAUAUAACAGUGUUCAAUUGGAUGUCCCUUAAUCCUUUUGUGAUACCGGUAAUGUUUACUAAUGACAGUGACGUUUCUGCAGAUUGUUCUAGAAACGGGUGGAAGGUCUUGCCCGUCUUGGUCACGGCUGCUGAAGGUGUUCCAGUUCUGAAAUACAUGUACAGAGAUGUGAUGGAGAAAUACAACACCACCAUCUAUGCUUACAGCAAUGCGGACAUCCUCUUCACCGACACUCUACUAGAUAGCCUUGGCCAGAUCAUCACAAAUAUCUCUCUAGAUCUCACUCAGCCUGCAUUAAUGGUUGGGAAAAGAACCAACUUUAAAAACUUUACAUCAGAUGAAGGAAGUACUUGGUAUAAUAUAACUAAGACUGCAAAAGAUAGGGGCACAUUGUAUACUAUUUGGGCAUUAGACUAUUUUAUUACGACUAGAUCGUUUCCAUGGCAUGACAUAGCCGAGGUUGUAAUUGGAAGGCGAGCUUAUGAUAAUUGGUUAGUUUUUCAUUCCCGAAAAAUGAAUUAUUCUGUGAUAGAUAUUACAAGCACAGUGUUAGCUGUUCAUCAAACGACAAAAGCAGGAAAUAACGAAGGUCGUAGUCAUAAAAGCAGUGACUACAAUCAUAAUUUGUACAAAAUGGUGAAGUACCACGUUGGUGUUAUCGCAUGUGUAGAGAAAUACACAAAAUAUGAAUAUAGUAAAUUUAGUAUAAAAACUCGUGAUUACCGGAAAAGUUGUGAGGCCAGUUGA